GGUCCCAGCUGUUUCUCAAUAGGCCAUCACAGGCCUCGCUCCUUAUAACAGGUGUAAGUGAGAUUCCCAGAUGUCUGGUGGGUGGAGGCAGGAAGCAGCUGGGCCUAGAAAUCUGGGUGGAGUUAGGCCGGGCGCAGAGGCCGGAGGAUGGACGACCCGCUGCUGGAACGCACUAGACGGCUGCUGACUGACUACUUGAUGUUCUGCGCACGGGAGCCAGAUGAACCCGAGCCACUGCCCAGGUCGGUCGAGGCCGCCUUGCUGCGCUCCGUGGCAGAGCAGUUCCAAGAACAGCACCACUUUUUUUUCUCCUCCUUCUACGGCUACAAGGGCAACCGUGUGCUGCUGAUGACACAGAUGGCAGAUGCGGUGCUCUCUGAUAGCGAAGGCUUCAACUGGGGCCGCCUUGUGAUGCUCUUGGCCUUCGCGGGGACAAUUGUGAGUCAAGAGCAUAAAUGGUCUGAAGGAUCGAGUAAAGUGCUUCUAGACUGCCAACUCAUAGUGGACUUGCUGUGCGAUCGGAUCCUGGGACAGCAUCGCUCCUGGCUGGAGGCUCACGGUGGCUGGGAUGGCUUUUACCACUUCUUUUCGAGCCACUUACCACUCGAUUUUUGGAGGAGUCUGCUGAUCAAGACUUUUCUAUACUGGGUCUUUGCAACGGCCAUGCUGUUUAUCUGGAAAAGAUUACAUUUUUAA